AUGGCAUUGUGUAACAAACCCAUAAUACGGUGGGAUGCUGGAUCGGUGGACGUGGGGCGAGCAGUGGAUGUUGUUCACUCGGACUUUAGCAAGGCCCUCAGCAUGGGCUCCCAUGCUAGCCCUGCAGCCCAGCUGGUGAAAUGUGGACUCAUCAGGCGGACUGAUGAAACGAGCGAGGAAAAAAGCCCUUACUGCCGGCGCUCUCAGUCGGCUGUGGUCAGUCAGUCGAGGAGUAUUAAGCUUAGUGACUCUGUAGCCUGUCGAAAUGAGGAGUUAGGGGUGCUAAAGCCGCCUGCCAGCGCCAUUUCCUGUGCUCCCGACGCCAGGCCGGGGCUGGGAGUGGGAGAGUUCCUCCGCAGCACUGGGAUCCUUAACAGAGUGACAGAAUCGGUGAAAAACAUUGUACCGGCAUGGUUGCAGAAAUACUUCAAGAAAAAAGAAGCUGAAUCUGUAGAUGCAAAUGAAUCUGUGAACCAGGAAGAGAAUCCAGAAAACUAUCACCACGAUUAUGCAAAUGAAGAUAACAUCAUGAGUGAUGAGAGAGUCGCGCCUGAAUCAAGAAGAACUAAUUUAGAAGAACCAUCCACGAGUAGAUCUGCACUGAACUUCUCAGAUGUGUUAACAAGGCCAUCUCUUCAGCGGAGCCAUGUGAACUGUACCAUGUUGGAUUCCACCGUACCACAUUGUCAGCCCUCUACAUCUUCCUCAUUUGGCAUUGGCAGUCCUGGAUUUUCUCUUGUAAAAGAAAUAAAAGAUUCUACCUCUCAGCAUGAUGAUGAUAACAUCUCAACAACCAGUGGCUUUUCCUCUAGAGCAUCUGAUAAAGAUGUCACCGUUUCAAAAAAUACUUCAGCACCGCUGCUCUGGUUCGCAGAGGCUGAAAGAUCUCAUCCCUUCUCACACCAUCCUGCAGCUAGCUCUAAAAAACCUGCAUUUAAUUUAUCUGCUUUUGGAUCUCCUUCUCAUUCACUUGGAAACACUUCUGUCAUCAAGACAAGACAGCUUGGGAAUUCUCCAUUUUACCCUGGAAAGACCACUUACGGUGGGGCAGCUGCAGCAGCAAAGGCGACAAAAGUGCAAGUUGCUCAUUGUCAGCCACCAAUAAGAAGACAAAUGAAACCUAAACAAGCAAGUGUGCAGUCCUAUGGUGUGAGAAGUUCCACAGCGCGGCACAUCUUGCAGUCGUUGGAGAUGAUGUCAAGUCCUUUGACGGAUGCUAGAAGGAUUCCGUCUUCUGUUUCCACUCCACUGUCUACUCCUCAGAACAAGUGUUUGCUGAAUGUUACCAGCUUCCGAUCCAGAGGAAAACAGAUGGAAUCAUAUCGUCCACCUGUCCAGCAACACGUGAUACCACAGCCCAUCUCCCUAGUGAGUCGGAUGAAGAAUUUUAAACCAUCUCUGAAUCCAGCUUCUGAUGCCAGAAAAAUUCAUCAGAGGGUAGGUGUGAAACACAAGUCAUGCGUGGAAGAGGAGAGUGUUCCUGCAGAACAGCAAGUAAAACCAUCUGAAAGCGUUUUGACCGGCCCUAAAUUCAGUACUCCUGCAUCCAAUGGUCUGUCUUCAGGAAGAGACAGUUGUGGUGGCAAGAUGAGAAGGAAAGAAGGAGGACACUGUAUGUCAAAACCUGGACAAGAACGAUGGGAGGUGGAAGAACCUGUACUGCCGAAAAUACCCCUCCCCAUCAACACUGCAUCGCUGCCUUCGUUCAACUUCAAUUUCCUUGCCAGUACUACUGCCUCAUCACCAAGCACUGUUUCAACAGCAGUGAUGAACAAGGUACAACCAGGAAGGAAUGCUGGGAGCACUGUGUUCAGAUUUUCACCUCCAGUUGUGAAGUCUACUGCUGUGGAAGUGGCAUCUCCAUUGUCUAUGGGGUUUACAUUUAGUGUUCCGACUGUAAAAUCAGCAGAGCUUUCUGGAUCCAGUAGCACACCAAUGACAUCCGUGCUUCCUCUAGAUACCACCACUGUCAACAGCACCAGCAAUAAGAAGGAAGAAAAAGAAGAAUAUGAUGGUCCCCUCAAACCUGCAAAGGUCUUAAAGGAAGGAAGUGUGUUAGACAUUCUAAAAAGCCCAGGCUUUAUGUCUGUGAAAACACACUCCUCUACAUCUGCACAACCUAUUACAAGCACAGUGGUCUAUACAAGGCCUGCAAUAAGUAGUUUUUCUGCAAAUGCUUCUAAAGAUGCAUCCUCAUUUUGGCAGCCUGACACAUAUGACCCGUGUCUGCAAAACAAAACCACAGAUGGCAAAUGUGUAACAUGUCAAGCUGCUAAAGUGUCCACAGUUGAGAGUACGAAACAGACUAUGAGCUCAAGUCCAUGUGUCGCCUCUAAGGCAGCAGUCCCUACAGCAGGAGUAUUGGCCUUUGAAGACAAAUUUAAAACAGCGCCCACCACAUGGGAUUGUGAUACCUGUCUGGUCCAGAACAAACCUGAAGCUACAAAAUGUGUAGCGUGUGAGACACCAAAGCCCGGAACAGGAGUAAUGCCCGCUCUGACAUUACCUGUGGUCACAGACAGCUCGGUGACAGCGACGUCCUCUUCCAGCAGCACUGACACAGCUGUCACUGUGGGGUUUGGAGACAAAUUUAAGAAGCCAAAAGGCUCUUGGGACUGUACGGUGUGCCUUGUGUCAAAUAAGGCGGAAGACAGCAAAUGUGUAGCUUGUCAGUCUGAGAAACCAGGCUUAACGGAGAUGAAGUUUUCUGUUGGGGUGCAAGAGCAUCAAGUGACAGCUCUUCCUCUACAGGGGAAGAAAAUCAGGAGGCAAGCGCUGUCUUCCAAGCCUCUGGAGGUUGCUGAUGAUGAUGAUGACAGUGUAGCUUGA